CCCUGUUUUUCGGAUUGAGGCAGUGGCGGCGGCUGCGGCGGUGGGGACGGGAAUCCUAGUGUCGUGGGCACUUGAGCUGUAGCUCCCCCAAGCGAGCGCGCGUCCCUUCGUGCCUAGGCGAGAGCCGGCUCUUCUUCCUCCGGGAGAUGCGUUUGUCCCGGGCUCGGGGGCGCUCUGGGAGUUCAUGCUGCGCUGGAGUAUCCUGGCCACCGCUCUAAUCGCCUUGUGCCGCCGCAGCGCCAGCUUCGUCGCCAGCGGUGAGCCUCCUGGAUUCCCUCUCUGCCCGUGGCGGCGAUGACCGGGGAGAAGAUCCGCUCAUUGCGGAGGGACCACAAGCCCAGCAAAGAAGAGGGGGACCUGCUGGAACCUGGGGAUGAGGAAGCGGCGGCUGCCCUCGGCGGCACCUUUACAGGAGGCAGGCUUGGCACAGGCGGCAGCGGCAAGAGCGGUAGAGCCUGUCAUAAGAUCUUCAGUAACCAUCACCACCGGCUACAGCUGAAGACAGCCCCGGCCUCCACCAAUCUCCCCGGCCCCCCGGCCCUGCCGCUGCACAAUUCCUCCGCGACUCCCAUCUCCCAGUCCCCGGCGCUUUUAGCGGGCACCAGCCCCAUUGCUGUCGUCGCAGGUGGAGGCGGUUGCCCUGCACACUAUCCGGUGCACGAGUGCGUCUUCAAGGGGGAUGUGAGGAGACUGUCCUCUCUCAUCCGCACGCACAAUAUCGGGCAGAAAGAUAAUCACGGAAACACUCCUUUACAUCUUGCUGUGAUGUUAGGAAAUAAAGAAUGUGCCCAUUUACUUUUGGCUCACAAUGCUCCAGUAAAGGUGAAAAAUGCUCAGGGAUGGAGCCCGCUGGCGGAAGCCAUCAGUUAUGGAGAUAGACAGAUGAUUACAGCUCUUUUAAGGAAGCUUAAGCAGCAAUCCAGGGAAAGUGUUGAAGAAAAACGACCUCGAUUAUUAAAAGCCCUGAAAGAGCUAGGUGACUUUUAUCUCGAACUUCACUGGGAUUUUCAAAGCUGGGUGCCUUUACUUUCCCGAAUUCUGCCUUCUGAUGCAUGUAAAAUAUACAAGCAAGGUAUCAAUAUCAGGCUUGACACUACUCUCAUAGACUUUACUGACAUGAAGUGCCAACGAGGGGAUUUAAGCUUCAUUUUCAAUGGGGAUGCGGCACCCUCUGAAUCUUUUGUAGUAUUAGACAAUGAACAAAAGGUUUAUCAGCGAAUACACCAUGAGGAAUCAGAAAUGGAAACAGAAGAAGAGGUUGACAUUUUAAUGAGUAGCGAUAUUUACUCUGCAACCUUAUCAACCAAAUCAAUUUCUUUCACGCGUGCCCAAACUGGAUGGCUUUUUCGGGAAGAUAAAACAGAAAGGGUAGGAAACUUUUUGGCCGACUUUUAUCUGGUGAAUGGACUUGUUUUAGAAUCAAGAAAAAGAAGAGAACAUCUCAGUGAAGAAGACAUUCUUCGAAAUAAGGCCAUUAUGGAGAGUUUGAGUAAAGGUGGAAACAUAAUGGAACAGAAUUUUGAGCCGAUUCGAAGACAGUCCCUUACCCCUCCUCCUCAGAACACUAUUACAUGGGAAGAGUAUAUAUCUGCUGAAAAUGGAAAAGCUCCUCAUCUGGGUAGAGAACUGGUGUGCAAAGAAAGUAAGAAAACGUUUAAAGCCACAAUAGCCAUGAGCCAGGAAUUUCCCUUGGGAAUUGAAUCAUUAUUGAAUGUUUUGGAAGUAAUAGCUCCCUUCAAGCACUUUAAUAAGCUUAGAGAAUUUGUUCAAAUGAAACUUCCUCCAGGCUUUCCUGUAAAACUAGAUAUACCCGUGUUUCCUACGAUCACAGCCACUGUGACUUUUCAGGAGUUUCGAUAUGAUGAAUUUGAUGGCUCCAUCUUCACCAUACCUGAAGACUACAAGGAAGACCCAAGCCGUUUUCCUGAUCUUUAACUGACACAGAAGAUGAUGCCAUUCAACCAAGGAAGGCUAGAGAAUGCAGAGACCCCAGAGUGAAUCCAAAUAGAAGGGAAAUGCUUUCAUCGAGGAAAAGGGAAUUAAUGUUGACUUGACACAUCAGUGAUAUAAUGAAAUGGGCCUCUAACAAGAAUUUCAGCAAGUUUCCUGAUGUGCCAUUUUCAGUCUUUUUAAAAAUAUACAUAAGUGUAAUAGUUUGACACCUUAAUGACCCCAAGUCCUUCUUAUGUAAAACAGCUGAGUGCUGUGAUUUGUUUUUAAAAAUUUUUACACUUCUUGUUGAAAUAUAUAUGCAUAUAUCUAUAUCUAUAUCUAAAACACUC